AUGAAGAUCAAGAGCGUUGUCAUAACUGUGCUCACUCUUUAUGCUACGCUAAGUUGGGCCAACAACUGCCACUGCUCAAAUUGUACUGAUCAAGGACAAUGCUGCCCAAACCAUCAACAGUGUUCACAUCAGCAAAAUAUGGGCAGUUCCAACAUUAUACUACAAGCCACUCCAAUGAAUAUUGCAGUUCAGUACGCUGACGGCGCUAAAAUGAAGGAAAUUCUUCUUGAGGCCCCAAUUCAGCAAGUACUUUGCUCAUUUGAUCCUGCAGCUUUACAUUCUCUCCUAAGCUAUCUUCCCGGCAUCAAUACUGGAAAUGAUUCGCCAGCAGUAGUCAAGCAAACAAUCUGCAAUGAUAAAGAAUUCUAUGCGAAAAUGAACAGUAUCCACCCCGAUACUUUUAAGCGGAUGAUAAACGCUCUGCCAGAUAUCAACUUCCUAUUCACCUAUUUGGAUCCAUCCUUCUCCGCAAGAAUAAUUCAAUCUGCAAAUGAAGUUGCUAUAGUAAAUAGUCAUCGCUCAUUCUUGGAUAAUCGCAAUGUUGUUUUCCAUCUCUACCAGGAAAUGCCCAAUAUUGAUAGCAACUACACGUCUACGUUACUCGAUGUUAAUUGUGGGUAUAUUUACUAUGUAAUGGAAGACCACUAUAAUCUUGAAUAUCUCAUUCCAUAUAUGGACUCAAAAACUCUAAAUUAUGUAAUCAUGUGCUAUCCGCAGCUUGGAGAGAAAAUGGCCGCAUUCAAUGGAUAUACUCUCGAGCGUGUCCUCCGCAACAUUUACCAUCUUAUACCCUUCUUGAAAAACCUGAGUGAUUCUACAAAGUCUAUUUAUCUUUGGAAAGUACCCAGCCUUGGGAGAAUUAUGCCAAAGACCAUGAGCAAUGACUUUGCGGAGUUAAAAUUUAUAAGAAACAGGAUCGAUGAAAAAAAUUUGGCAUAUCUGCGCUCCAAAGUGCCACAAAUUGAUAUGAUUUUGAAUAGAUUAAAUUACUAUGAUCUAGCAGCUCUGAACUCAAAAAUGGCAAACAUUAAGAAGUAUGUGGAUACAAUUUCAUCGGAUGAUUUGGAAAGAAUUAAUUCGUCAAUUGAAUUUAUCUGUGCAAUCUGGGACAAUCAUGGUCGAACCGCCGUUCUUAGAUUACUUAAACACAAAGUAUUCGAUGCCGGGAGACCCUUCUUUCGUCUUCUACUCUAG